AUGGUGUGUUGUUGUCCAGUCACCACCGCAUUGGUAGUUGGAGCCAUCGCCUUCUUCCUCUACAAAAAAUUCUUCACACCACCAACAAUCAAACCAAAGCCAGCGAUUCACAAAACUGACUACAAGAAAGAUGUCGUCUAUCUCUACCAGUUCAAGAGACUCCAAAAUUGUCCAAAUCUCUCUCCAUUCUGCAUGAAGUUGGAAGUUCUUUGUAGAGUGAACAAGAUUCAGUAUGAGAUUGUUGAGAGCUCGUUCGCCAGAUCCAGGAACGGAACUCUUCCAUUUAUUGAGCUCAAUGGAGAACACAUUGCUGACUCUGAUUUGAUUGAGCUCCGUUUGAGACAACACUUCAAGAUUUCAUCUCUACCAACUGAUCAAGAAGCUCAAUCCGUAGCUCUUAGUAGAAUGGCUGACAAUCAUCUUUUCUACAUUCUGAUCCGCUAUAAGUCGUCUGUCGAUGCUUUCUAUGAGACCAUUGUAGGUCUCCUUAACUUGCCAACUGCUCUAACUGCUCUCUUGGUCCCAUUGGUCAGAGCUGUUUUCGGAUCAAAACUUUAUGCUCGUUCAGUUGGAGCUAUUGGAGAUUUCGAACCAAAAGAGUUGGAUGAGCUUCUUCAUAGAGAUCUCAAAGUUAUUCAAGAUUCCAUUAAAGGAAAAUUCCUGUUCGGAGACAAGAUCACACCGGCUGAUGCUACUGUAUUUGGGCAACUUGCCUCUGUCUAUUAUCCAUUCCGCACCCACAUUUCUGAUGUUCUCGAGAAAGAUUUCCCAAAAGUUUUGGAGUACUGUGAACGCAUCAGAAAAGAAGUCUACCCCAACGACUUCACUAUCUAA